UCGCUCUUCUUUCCAGUUGAUCGCACAGUUGAUCCAUUUGAUUUCACAAGUCUGACCGGUGAAAACAGCUUCAAACCGGUUCUUUAUUUUACAGGAUAGAAGAGCGCAUGUUGAGAAAAUGAAAAACUUCAGCUCGCUUCCGUUGCACCGUUCUGCGCGCGCUGAAGAGGAAGAUGCAUCCGCGCGCUCCAAACGACACCAGUUCUCCUCGCGACUGCGGUAUGUCAUCUAUGUUAUGGACGUAAAUAAAAGAAAACAGGGCGAUAAGAAGGCAGCCCGCUCAGUGGUCCCUCCACAUUCGAGGUGUGGCCUGUGUCCAGAAGCGUUUAAAACUAGGCGGCGCGCGUUGCUGAUCUCGAGAAGGUAUUCAGCAGAGAGGUACGUGAGACUGGCCUGGUCUACCAGGCACGAGCGGUUCAGCACACCGCUCUCGGCAAGCAAGAGCAACAUCCUCCACCUGUCACCCCUGUGUCAAGUGAAGUCAGCAUAAGAUCAGUGCUGAGAAUGGGUGCUGUAAAGGCUGAGGGUGCUUUAGAUGGUGGAUGGGGAUGGAUUAUUGUGGUGGCCUCCUUCAUGGCCCAGUUCCUAUCAUCAGGAUCCCCCCAGUCCGUUGGGGUGUUGUACCCAGAGUGGCUCAGUGCCUUCCAGGAAGGAAAAGGCAUGACGGCUUGGGUCGGAUCCAUGGUGUCUGGUAUGGCGCUCAUCACCAGCCCGGUGUGCAGUGUCUGUGUGGAUAAUUUCGGUGCACGGCCCGUUACUGUCUUCAGCGGUGUGAUGGUGGCCGGUGGUCUGAUGCUGAGCGCUUUUGCUCCGAGCGUCUCUUUCCUCAUUUUCUCCUACGGCAUUGUCGUCGGCAUGGGCUGCGGACUUGUCUAUGCUGCCACAUUGACCAUAACCUGCCAGUACUUUGACAAGAGGCGUGGCCUAGCCCUGGGCAUUGUUACCACAGGUACAAGUGCGGGUGGGUUCAUUUACGCCACAGUCCAGAAUGAGCUCAUUGAGUUGUUUGGAUUGGAGGGUUGCCUGCUUAUCAUUGGAGCACUGGCGCUCAACCUGAUGGCAUGUGCUGGGCCAAUGCGACCUAUGAACUUACCUGGUUACUACUUAAAACAGAGAGCUGCUCUACAGCAUACAGAGGAACCAGAACCACUCUACACCAAACCUACUGCCAUUAUCAUUGACUCUUUCCUGGAUCUGAAAACCACACCCGGCUCAGCCAAUAACAUAGCCGCCAUGAAGCUGUUGAUCACCAUGGAACCCACAGAGCUGCAAGAGAGUGAAGGGGAAAGAAAUGGCGGGAUAUUGUCCUGUUCAACAGUAGCACGAGCCAUUAAGAAGCGGAUGCGCCCCUAUAGACGGUACCUGUGCAAGACUAUAGAGCUCCUACAGGACCGUGUCUUCAUGGCUUUCUGCAUCGCCAUCUUCUUGUUCAGCUUAGGGGCAUUCCCACCUGUUCUCUUCAUGGAGGACGUAGCUCAGAGCGAGGGGCUUAUUGAUGGGAUUGCACUAAUACCCCUCGUCUCAAUCGUUGCAUUGACAACAGGCAUCGGUAAGCUGGUCUUGGGUGUGCUGGCAGACAUGCAAUGGGUGAACAGCCUGUACCUGUACGCCCUGACGCUGACAGGCACAGGUUUGACUCUGCUGCUCAUCCCAGUUUUUAAGAGCUACCUGGGUCUGCAAGUUCUGUCGGCCAUGGUUGGAUUUUUCUCAGGAAAUUGGUCUAUCACAUCCUACAUCACUACCAAGAUAGUGGGCAUGGAACGACUCAGUCACGCUCAUGGCAUUCUCAUGUGCUUCGGAGGGUUUGGAAUCACUCUUGGGCCGCCUGUUGUAGGUUGGUUCUUCGACUGGACUCAGUCAUAUGACCUGGCGUUCUACUUCAGUGGCACUUGUGUUUUAGUGUCUGGUUUGUUUCUGUUUUUGGCCACCCUGCCUUGCUGGAACAGGACGACGGAGGAGGGAGAUUCUCCUCCGGAAAAGGACGUCAAAAUUUCACAACAAAAUCACACUCUUGAUUGUGACAAAGUAGCCUCUGUGGCUUGAACAAUAUUUCCAAGGUCUAAAACUGAACUUCGCCUUAACAUUCUGUUGGACGUAGAAGCUUGUCUUCCUUUUCUUACCUGGUGAUUAGACUGACAUUUUGCCAGGGGACUUCUCAUGGUGCCUUUUUCUUUGAUAUAUCAAUGAUAUAUAUUUUUAUACUUUACUCACAAACCCUGUUAUUUUUGAGAGGGUGUAUUAUUUUUUCUUAGAUGCUUAUGAUGACUGCCUCAUUUUUGAGGCUUGAAUUAAUAGCAGAAAUUGUUUGCUAAUAGUAUAUUUAGUAGAUUGUUUACUGGACACAGAUGCUUUUUUUGUAGAUCUUGAUCACUUGAAUUGUUACUUUACUGUCUGAGAUGAAUGGUCUCACUGUGUUGUACAUGAUAUCACCAACCUGUUAAUAUAUACAAUAGUUUAAUAGGGAACAUUUCUGACUGAAGGCUGCAGAGAACUAUAGAAUGUGUGAAUAGGGCUUUUCACUGCACUUACCAUGAAAACCAUGGG